UCUGUCUGUACAAAGUAUCCAACUGUAUUGUACGUUUUGUCGUUCGACGGAGCGGCCCGUGACGUAACCAAACAAUUCAGGGGCUGGACACAACAACUUUCCUUCAUCAAUGGUCAACUUUUCUUGCCGAGUAUUCCUUUUCUUUUCUUUGCCUCUGCCUCUGCCUCUGCCUCUCAGGGAUGGCAUCUCCACUGGCUCCACCAGGAAUUCUCGCAAGUCUCAUCGACCCGACAAACCUGCUAGUUCCGUUCCAGCAGACGGGAAGGGGGGGGGCGCGUGGAAGAGCGAGGCCUCUUCCGCGGUGCUGGUGCGGUACUGCGUCGAUCAGAGUCUGAGUAUGGAAUAGUUAUCUAACGGAGUACAGAGUACUUUUGAGGUGACUCCUUGAUCUGUAUUUUAUUCCCUGCCAGAUGACUACAGGUUCAGAGUCACAGGAUCUCAAUUAUUGACGUG